AUGAAGCUACUCUCUCUCACCCUGCUGCUUUCCGGCUGGAUUCCAAACCCAUUCUUCCCUCACCCGGUUCGAGGCCAGGCGCGUGAUCCUCUUGUCUACGGGCCCCCUCUGGAGCCGGUUCACUAUUACUAUGAUGGGUGGCCUACCGGUAUCGCCGUGUCUUCCACUGGCCGCAUGUUCUCCAAUUAUCCCAUCGGCUUGGAUGCCAACGACACGAAAUACCAAGUCGCAGAACUGACAGGCAACACGACAGAGACCCCGUAUCCCUCUGCGGAGAUGAAUUCGCCUCCUGGGGGGCCCAUUAACUAUACUACCAAUCCUAUGGUUAGUUGCCUUAUUCCUGACCUGGACAUAUCGCUCACAAAGGUACAGACCUCCGCCAACUAUCGAGACUACCUGAUUGGGGUCCAAAGCGUUGUCAUCGACCCCAAGGACAGACUGUGGAUCCUUGACACGGGCAGGGUUUCCCUGCCAGAUGGAACCCUGCUGCUGUCCUCGUACGGCGGCCCCAAGCUGAUCGGGGUGGACCUGGCCAGCAACACCGUGUUCAAAACAAUCCUGUUCCCGCCGAAUGUGUCAUACCCGGAUUCAGUACGUACAAAUCAAACCAUCAAAUUGCGCAAAGUAGAGGGUGCUUCGCUAACACCAUCGACACAGUACAACAACGACAUCCGGUUCGACCUCCGGCCCAACAUCACCGAGUCCGGCGAGGGCAUCGCCUACAUCACAGACUCAAGCAACGAAGGCCGCAACGGCAUCAUCGUAGUCGACCUCGGCACGGGCGAGUCCUGGCGGCACCUGGACAACCUCCUCUGGGUACACCCAGAACCAGGUUUCUACCUCACCAUCUGGGGCGAGCCGGUCUACUUCGCGCUGGGAAGCGACGGCAUCACGCUCUCCGCGGACGGGGAGACGCUGUACUGGACCGUCGUGAGCGGGCGAUACCUGUACUCGGUGCCCACGGCGCGACUGCGCGAGCACACCUCGCCGACGGCGCAGCUCCUGGCCGCCGCGUCCGUGACGAGACUGACGCAGAAGGGCGUCAGCGACGGCCUCGAGUCCGACUCGAACGACUACGUCUACUGCGGCAGUUUCGAGACGAACUCGAUCAACGUCUAUUUCCCGCAAAAUGGCACCGUGGCGACCUUUGUGCGGGACCCGCGCAUCGAGUGGACGGACACGAUGAGCGUGGUGUCGUUGAGGAAUUCUUCCUCUGAAGAUUCAUCUGGCAGUGGUAGUAGUAGGGGAUAUCUAUACUUCACAGAGAACCAACUCUGGAGAAUACCCAAGGUUCAGGGCGGAGUGGACAGGCGCGCCAAGCCGUUCACACUGUAUCGAGUGCCGUUACCGGACGGUGGAGGGAAGAUCCAGUUGACCUGA